UUUCUCAGAUACCUAAUAUGUGAUAACCUUUUAAACUGUUAGUAUACAAACAAGUCAUAGUGACGCAAGUCGCGUCAAACGCUUCUGUGUUAAAAUAAAAUAAUAAGCAUUAAUAAAAUAUUAUGUGAUUAAAAUUGGCAUAUAACUUGAACCGUUCAAGAUGAAGACCUUAUAUUUAAGAAGUCUGCUUAUAAUAGUGAAUUUAUUGAUCUGCUGUGAAUCAGCAAAAGUUCUAUAUUUAAUGCCAUUCACAGCCAGAUCUCACUAUAUUGGCAUGAAGAACUUAGCGAUAGAACUUGCAAAGAGGGGGCAUGAUGUAUACGCUAUCACUCCCUUUAGAGAAGAUGAACAUCCACCCACAUAUCACCAGCUGAUGGUAAAAAAUGAAUCUGUAUGGACUAAACUAUUUGAUGUACAGCCACGAGUGUUCGACAUGAUGGAUGAAACAUUUGAGUCAUUCCAAAAUUUUAUGUACAAAUUUGGAUUUCUGGUGAACGACCAAGUCUUUGAGUCCAAAGAAGUGCAAGAGUUUUUAAAACAAGAUCACAAAAUAGAUGUCGUUAUUGCGGAAGUAUUCUUCAAUGAAGGACUUUACAUGUUCGCUCACAAAUACCAAGCUCCUCUUGUGUUGGUGACGACCGUUGGGAACUCGUUUAAAGGAAAUUUCUAUAUGGGCAAUCCUCUUCAGCUAUCAACUUUGUACCAUGAAUAUGGAAGAGCUAAAGAACCACUCAGUUUCAUCGGUAGAUUGUACAAUUUGUAUAUGUGCACGUUUGAUCUAGUCAUGCUCAAAUUUUGGUAUUUCCCUCGACUACAAGAAUCUACCCUACAAUAUUUUAAAGAUCUACCAGAGCCUGUUCCCAAACUGGAGGAUAUAGCCGCAAACGCAGCCAUUCUACUUCUUAAUUCUCAUUUUAGUAUUGAUAAUGCAGCUGCGUACUUGCCAAAUAUUAUAGAAGUUGGUGGAUUGCAUAUUAAAGAAACAAAUGAUACCAUACCAUCGGAUCUUCAAAAUAUUUUAGAUAAUGCAAAAACUGGUGUUGUAUUUUUAAGUUUUGGCUCUAACGUCCAAACAAGUGAAAUGGACAUAGACAAGCUGCAAGCGUUCUUUAAAGUAUUUGGAGAAUUAAAACAAACAGUUUUAAUGAAAUGGGAAAAAGAACCUAUUCAAAAUAUACCUAAAAAUAUAAUUUUAAGGAAAUGGUUUCCACAAAAAGCAGUUGUAGCUCACCCCAAUGUGAAACUAUUCAUCGGUCACGGAGGUCUGCUAGGACUUCAAGAGACGAUAGCAGCCGGAGUGCCCAUACUGGGGGUACCAGUUUUUGGAGAUCAGUAUCUAAAUAUUAUUGACACAAUUCAAAAAGGUCACGGGGACAUUCUUUAUUAUAAAGAAAUAAAAGAAGAUAUUUUACGAGAGAAGAUCAAUAAAUUGCUAAAUGAUAAAACUUAUAUGGAAAAUGCCAAAAAAAUAGCUUCGAGGUUUAAAGAUAGACCGAUGAAGCCACUUGACACAGCAGUAUGGUGGACCGAAUAUGUGAUUAGGCACAAAGGUGCAGACUUUAUUAAACCACCUGUAAUGAGUUACAUCGCGUACCAGAAUCUUGAUGUAUAUUUGUUUUUGAUCAGCAUAUUAGUAAUUAUUUUAUAUACAAUAUUGAAAAUAAUUCAUAUUAUUAAAAAUGUUUUAAAACGCCAAAAAAUCACGAAGAAAAAGAAAAAUUUAUGAAGUUGUAAAGACACUGUAUUUUACACUCGACGGCAAUGAACGAGAGUCACUUUGUGAGAAGGUUUAGAUACUAAAUUACCCGUUUUCUUAUCUGUUGCAUUUUGUAUUAUUAUAACUUAAUAAUGCAAAAAAUACAUAUUUUUUAUUUCUCUAUAAGCUUGUUGAUACAGCCAUAGUCAUCAGGCUUUUAAAGAAGCUAUCGAAUCCUAUUAUUGUCAAUGUUUUGUUUGACAUGCUUCGUACAAAUACUUGUACGAGUAAAUAGCUAUCAACUUAACUUCCGACACGCACACGAUAAAUGUUGCUAUGAGGUUUAAAGAUAGACCGAUGAAGCAACUUGAGACAGUGGUAUGGUGGACCGAAUAUGUGAUGUCGAUAUAUUUUUUUCAGACAUAAGUCCAAAAUAGUACAAAAUAAUAAUUUAACUACCAAUAUCUAUGUUAAUAUAUAAUAAUGGUAUUCGUGGGACUUUCUUAAAACUGUUUGAAUCAUUUCUAAGCAAUAGGAAACAUCCCUGUGUAAUAGAUAUUGAUGGUAAUAAAGGAAAAUCUAAUUACCAGUCACUAGACGCCACUUCUGUCCCUCAAAGAUCCGUUAUUGGCAAUUACUUGUUCAUAACAUUAGUUAAUGAUUUAUCAUCAUACUCAUCUCAUGAUCAACUGAUAGAGUAUGCGGAUGAUAGUGCUUUUGUUUGGUCUGGGAUCAAUUUUACGGAACUACAGUCUAAAGUGAAUUACUUACUUAUAGAUGGAAUGAAUUGGUUUACUGUAAAUUGAAUGCAACUUAAUCUAGACAAGACUAAUUUAAUUCAAAUCAAUCUUAGGGGUAUGCCACUACAAACACUUAAGAUUGAGUUGGAUAAUAUUGCCGUUCCUAGGGAAGAUACGGCAAAAUAUCUGGGUUUCGUUCCGGACUCUGGUUUAAAGUGGAGUGGACCACAUUGAUGAACUUUGCAAAAGAUUGGGAAAAGCGUGCUUCGCCAUCUCACGCCUAACAAAAAUGCUGGGCAAUGAUUAUGUAAGAAAUGCUUACUUUGCUUAUUUCCAGUCAAUCAUCACUUAUGGUAUUGACAUGUGGGGACAGGCGGCAGAUAGACAAAGGGUGUUUAUACUCCAAAAAAGAGUAGUUAGGAUAAUGGCUUGGGUGCCCUGGGAUACACCUGCCCGUAACCUUUUUCGAACAUUAAGAAUCAUAACCAUUUUCGUAUUCGGUUUCGGUUCGUAUGAAUCUCGAGGAAUUUAGAAGGCGUGGUCCAAACUAUCGUCAUGGAUAUAAUAUUCUCCGAAAUAUGUAGUCACAGACUAAAAAAAUUAGAGAUUGCUCUAAGUGUAAGAGAGUGUGUGGUAUACCGGGUGUGGCCUGUAACACGAGCAAAUAAUUAAAACGUAGAUUGUACUCCUCAAAAGGUGACACUUUUGUUCAACAACUUUUAAAAAUUAUGCAGUAUUUAGACUCCCUAUUUUGCAUACAAAAUAAAUAAUUGUGUUCAAUGGACGCCAUCGCCACGCCAUAUCAUUGUGAUUGACGUUGCUUGUCACGUCUUAAACAUAACAAAAUUCGCAAUACAUUGCGUCUUAGAAUAAACUUUAAAGUGUAUUAAAAAUCAAACCACAAGUUAUUUUUAAAAGUCGCUGAACAAAUGUUGGUCAGUAUGAGGAGUACGCCUACAGUUUAAUUUUUGCUCAUAUUACAGGCCACACCCGGUAUAUGUAGGUCCCAAAAUUUACAACCGAUUGCACAAUGACUUAAAACUAGUUGAAAUGUCUGACACCAUAUUUAUAACCAAGCUCAAGGAGUACCUAAUAGAGAAAGCUUUUUAAUCGGUAGAUGAAUUAUAUAAAUCGAAUAGACUAAUAUAAUAUUCCAAAUGCCUGUGACAUUAUUUUUUAUAUUUUAUAUUUUAUAAUUUAAUGAUAACUAAUAAUUUAAUUAGAGAGUUUAAUGUAAUUGUAUUACUAAAUGAAUGACGACGUAUUUAUAACUAGCUGAGGUACCCGGCUUCGCUCAGGGAGCUGACAUGAGAAUUGUGUGGUGGUUGUAAUAAAAGGACCACAAUACCUGUACCAACUUCUACGUACAUUUUUUUUUAUUUCCAACUCGAGAACAACCUACGACCCGUAUAGUUGACCGUGAGAAAAGCAUAGGUAAUAGGGAUAAAUGGAAGGCGGUCAUAGAAAAUCUCCUGAGAGUAUGAAGGCUUCGAAUAGUCCACAAUGUUCUAGAAUAUUCCAAAACAUUUCAAUAUGUUCUGGAACACUCCACAAUGAUCUGGGAUCCUGGAUCCUAGGCUAUUUACGAAUAUUUUAUAACAUUCCAGAAUAUUCCGGAAUGUUCUCGAACAUUCGAACCUCACAACUGUCUUGCUUUAAAUAUAUACCUCUACCAAUAGGUAGCCCCAACCCUAUAAAAAAGGCUUCGAAUUGUCCAGAAUAUUCCACAUUUGAAAGUGUUCCGAAAUGUUCCACAAUGAUCUAGAAUGUUUUCUCUAAUAUUUGACAACAUGCCAGAAUGUUAUGUAGCUCCACCCAUACAAAAAAGGCUUUGAAUGGGCCACAAUGUUCGAGAAUAUUCCACAACAUUCGAGAGUGUUCUGGAAUAUUCCACAAUGAUCUGGGAUGUUCUCAAACAUUCGACAACAUUCCAGGAAGUUCUGAAAUGUUGUAGAAUGAUCUCGAAUACUCUCGAAUGCUCUGGACUGUAUGUGCAGUUCUAAAAAUGUCUAGAGGGUAUUAUUACCUUCAAAAGCACGCCCCUCAGGUAAAAACGGGAAUCUUCUUUAUGGAAAGACAAAUAAGGCUUCAAAUAGUCCACAAUGUUCUAGAACAUUCAACAACAUUUGAGUGUGUUCUGGAACGUUCCACAAUAAUCUGGUAUACUGGAUUCUGGUUAUUUCUGAUUAUUCGACAUCAUUCCAGAAUAUUCCGGAAUAUUCUUGAACAUUCGAACCUCACGACGUUACCACAAUAGGUAGUUAUGAUCCUACAAAAAACCUUC